AGAGAAUUGCUCGCGUGAAGCUGAAACUCCAGAUAGAUGGAGUUGGCCGAUGAAGGGCACCUUAUGAAUUGACAUAAAUACUUUUCAUCCAUUCCCCAUACCCCAGAUAGUUUAAUUCCCCAAACCCCAGAGGAUCAUCACUCAUCUGGAGUUCCAUCCAACUUUAUCUUCUCUUCUUAUCUUAUCAGGACCUUGUGGUUUUUUCUCGCCAUCAUGACCAACGAGAUCACCAACUCGACUGCCACCGGCGCAGCUCGAGCUGAGAAACCCUCCUUCGAGACAAAGGAGAACCUCGAGAGUUUUGUUCCUCACAGCGAUCGUCUCGCCCUCGCCCGAACAAUGGAUCCCGAAACUCGUGCUCGAGUUGAGAAGCGUCUCAAACUCAAGCUCGAUGCUCGUUGCGCUCUCUUCGUUCUGAUUUACAUCAUGAACUAUCUCGAUCGAAACAACAUUGCGGCUGCUCGCCUCAAGGGCUUGCAGGAUGACCUUAAGCUGGACGAUAAUGAGUAUGCCACAUGUCUCAGUAUCCUCUAUGUUGGUUACAUCCUUAUGCAAGUCCCCUCCAACAUGUUCAUCAACAAGAUCCAACGACCCUCAUUGUAUCUCGGUGCUAUCAUGCUCCUUUGGGGCCUGAUUUCAACCCUCUCAGGAAACGUCCAUAACUUUACCGGAAUGGUUGUUAUCCGUUUCUUCCUCGGUUUCACUGAAGCUGCCUUCCUGCCCGGAGCGUUGCUUAUCCUUUCGAAGUGGUAUACCCGCCGGGAACUCACAAAGAGAAAUGCUGUCCUCUUUUGUGGUAACUUGAUUUCCAAUGCAUUCUCAGCUUUGAUUGCUGCUGGAGUAUUAUCUGAGAUGGAUGGCGUGCUCGGGCACGCUUCCUGGCGAUGGCUCUUCUGGAUUGAGGGUGCCAUUACCAUGUUCAUCGCCAUCCUGGCCGUCUUUAUCCUUCCCGAUCUUCCUAGCAACACCCGUGGUUUCUCUCAGGAGGAGCUUGCAGUAGCUCAACUUCGAAUGAUCGAGGAUGUUGGUGAGGCUGAUGAGGAUGCUGAGGGUCAAGGAGCUGUUGCUGGAUUGAUGAUGGCCCUCAAGGAUGGCAAGAUCUAUGUCAUGAUGCUUACGUUUGCUGUCUACGUUGUCGGUCUGUCUUUCAACGCCUUCUUCCCAUCUCUCACCAGCACCCUCGGUUUUGCUUACGUACCAACUCUCCUCAUGAGCUCCCCACCCUGGCUCUUUGCAUGCAUCGUUUCUCUUAUCGUUGCCUGGAGUUCUGAUCGAACACAGGAGAAGUUCUGGCACAUUGUUGGUCCUAUCUGCAUUGGUUUAGUCGGAUUCAUCAUCAGCAUGUCAACACUCAACGUUGCUGCACGAUACCUUGCUCUCUUCCUCCAAGCAUCUUCUUACGCUGGAUACAUCGUCUUCUAUUCUUGGAUCAGCUCAACAUUUCCUCGCCCUCCUGCCAAGCGAGCCGUGGCCAUCGCCCUUAUCAACGCCUUCGCACAACUGGGUAACAUCGCUGGAAGUUACGUCUGGGGUCUCAAGGAGAAUGGCUACCGCAAGAGCUAUGGCAUUGUCACAGCCAUGUUUGGCUGCACCAUCGUCGGUGCUCUUGUUCUUCGCAUGAUGCUUUCCAGGUUGAACAAGCGACUUGAGGAGCUUGAGAGGGAGGAAACACAAGCCUAUGAGGCCGAGAAGGCUCGGGAGGCUCAGAAUGAUGAGGCUCUUCGUGUUCAAAAGGGCUUCCGUUAUCUUGUCUAAGGUUUGGAUAGGACAAGUAGCCAGUAUUUUAGACUAC